UUUUUGAGACAGAGAGAGAGGUGGUUGUAAUGGCGCGGUUGCUGAUGCACACAUGUCCGCGGGUGUGAAGUCGCCAUUCUCUGCCCUGCAGCGCGGAUUCUCCGCCUCUCUGUGCUGCGGACACCAGCCCUGAUCCGGAUCAUCACACACUAUUCAUACCCGACUAGCAGCACCACAGACCUGUAAGACCGAACCAGUGGCCUAAGACUCAGGAUCAGUGGCCUGAUCAAUACCUGAUGCAGUUUAUUCUGUAUGGACGGAGCAUCUGACCGGAUUUUUAUUCCCCAGCACCUAUUUUCCCAGACCUUCACCAUGGGACGACACUGACUGGAGAAAGAAGAAGAAGCAGGAGGAGGAAAAAAACCGCAGCUAAUACAAGGCACUAAGGAACAGUUUUCUCCCGCUGCCUUACGGACAUCAGGCUUCUAUCAGGCUCGCACCCAUGGAUCAGCCCACCAAGCUGCCGCCGUCGAGUCCGUCCUCGCCCACAGCGGCCUUCUCUGUGCCCAGUGCUGAGAAGGUGGAUGGCUUUCCACGCCGCUCCAUGCGCAGGGCCCGCCAGAGAAGGUCACACAGCUCGUCGCAGUUCCGUUAUCAGAGCUCGCAGGUGGAGCUCACACCUCUGCCUCUGCUCAAAGAUGCCCCAGUGGCGGAGCUGCAUGAUCUGUUUUGUAAGAAGCUGCAGCAGUGCUGUGUGCUCUUUGACUUCCUGGACUGUGUGGCUGACCUGAAGGGGAAAGAGAUCAAGCGUGCGGCACUAAACGAGCUGGUAGAGAGUGUGGCCACCAGCCGCGGCAUCCUUAUUGAGCCCCUCUAUCCUGAGGCCAUCAAGAUGAUCUCAGUGAACAUCUUCCGCACCCUGCCGCCCAGUGAGAACCCAGAGUUUGAUCCAGAGGAGGAUGAACCCACACUGGAGGCCUCCUGGCCCCAUUUACAGUUAGUGUACGAGUUCUUUUUACGCUUCUUGGAGAGUCCUGAUUUCCAACCCUCCAUGGCCAAACGUUAUGUGGAUCAGAAAUUUGUUCUGCAGUUGCUAGAGCUAUUUGAUAGUGAGGACCCCAGAGAGAGGGAAUAUCUGAAGACCAUACUGCAUCGUGUCUAUGGCAAACUGCUUGGCCUCAGAGCGUACAUCCGGAAACAGAUCAAUAACAUCUUCCUCAGGUUCAUUUAUGAAACUGAACACUUCAAUGGAGUGGCUGAACUGCUGGAGAUUUUGGGCAGUAUCAUUAAUGGCUUUGCUCUGCCUCUGAAGUCAGAGCACAAGCAGUUCCUGGUGAGGGUCCUGAUCCCGUUACACACUGCCAAAUCUCUGUCCAUCUUUCAUGCACAGCUUGCAUACUGUGUUGUGCAGUUUAUGGAGAAAGACGCCACUGUUACAGAAUAUAUCAUCAGAGGGUUGCUGAAAUAUUGGCCCAAAACAUGCACUCAGAAAGAGGUGAUGUUCCUGGGGGAGAUCGAGGAGAUUCUGGAUGUGAUUGAGCCAUCACAGUUCAUCCGUGUGCAGGAGCCACUUUUUAAGCAAAUUGCCAGCUGCAUCUCCAGCCCCCACUUCCAGGUUGCAGAGCGGGCUCUGUAUUUCUGGAAUAAUGAGUAUAUUCUGAGUCUGAUCGAGGAGAACUGCCAGGUCAUCCUGCCUCUGGUCUUUGGCACGCUUUACCGAGUCUCCAAAGAGCACUGGAACCAAACUAUUGUGUCACUGAUCUACAAUGUCUUGAAGACCUUCAUGGAGAUGAAUAGUAAACUUUUCGAUGACCUUACUGCCUCCUACAAGGUGGAGAAGCAGAAGGAGCUGAAGAGGGAGAAGGAGCGUGCUGAGCUGUGGAAGGGGUUGGAGGAGCAGCAGGAGCGGAGGCUGCAGAGUCUGGGGGAAGCAAGUCGCAACCAAAAGAACCUGCAAGAGCGAGAGAACCUGAGCAAGAACGAGCCAGAGAGCAGUGCUGCCAAUGCCACCUAGAACACAUACACACGCACACACACACACAUACAGACAAAUGCACAAGCCAAUAUGUACAAACAUGGAGAUCAUAAUAACACACACACACACACACACACACACACAUUGUUUUACUGACAGUUUUUACUCUGGACCUUACCAUCACCUCUUAAAAUAUACAUAAAUACAUGCCUACACACACACACACACACACCAUACAGACAACAUUGCUGGAACAAUCAGAAAGAACAAACCAACAGCCGGUUGUCUAUAUGUAGAUAUACAAGCCACUCUCACACUCAAACACAAAGACGUGAGAUGUAAAUGAUGCAGAAUGAAAAGAUGAGUACCUCUCACUCUUCAUGCCUUUUAUUCAUUUCCUCUGUCUCUAUACAUAUCUUACAUGCUUCUUACUCAAUCUAUCGCUUCCAUUCCGUUUCUCUCUUCCUCUCAUUGACACUAAAUGUAUACAUGCAUACACACACUGAAGACACAAGCAACACAAGCAAGAACACACGACACAUGCAUGGACAUAUGAACAGGUUGGAGUCAAAUAAACACACACACACACACACACACACAGAGUCAUCGAUUAAACUCUGGAACGGGUCUAAUCUCGCUCGGGACCGCUCUCAGUCCCAGUGUCAUGUCCACCACUGGACUCUCUCAUUCUCCCAAAAGAUGAAGCAACAUCUGAAAAUGAUGAUUAUGAAGAAUUAUGAUGAAGAUAACUCUGUAAAAGUAAUGGUUAUAAUGUUCUUAUUACAGCUUAUUCUAUAAGUAACACUUCUAUUGCUACUUCAACUGAUGUUUUAUAUAUACAUAUAUAUAAAUAUAUAUAAAUAUAAUAUCUAUGUCCGAUUAUAGUGUUGGUGGGGGUAUUCUAGUGUAGCACCUCUUAAACAUGACAAAAGUAUGCUGCUAGACUAAACUUGUUCUGAUGUGAAGAUAAAACAUUUCACUAGUCUGUUCUUCUUCUGGGGUUUCUUAAAAAAAAAAAAAACAUCCAAAAUGCAAUAUUCUCAUCUACUUUGAAUGUGUGUCAGCAGUUUUCUUUGGAAACCAUACCGCCUACUUCAGUACACCUUGUUUUAAAGAUGGGGUCGAUAUUUUGUUGAUUGUUUUAAGUUUUAUUUUUGUAUAACAAUUUGUUUGUUGAUAUUUAUUAAUAUUUAUUUCAUAUUGUGACCAUCUUGGAGCAAAAACUUGAUGAACAAGACUGGAAAUGACUGUAUGCUUCAGCAUACUUAAGUCUGGGAUGGAUUUGUCAAUGUUUUGAUGUUGGAUGUUGGUUCUGUACCAGCAUAUUCCAUGACUUUCCUCUGUUUUUCUCUGGAAAAAAAAUGAAAAAUGUAGAAAAAUCAUUGCUCAUUUUGUUAUUGGUUUUGUAAAAGAUGCAGUUCAUUUCCCCCAUACUUCCUGCAAUGAGAAGGCUUAGAUUUGAGAGAGUUGGUAAGGGAAUCAGUAGAAUAGAGAGAAGGCAAUACAUGAACUGGAACUGUUAGCAUAAGUAGCACCACUUCAACUAGAAUUGCACUGUCCUCUUGAUCAAUGUUUUGUGUUUAAAUAUAGCAAUGUAUUUUUGGGGGACCAACGGCUUUGGGAUAUGAAUGUAUAAAAUAUGGGAUAUAAACAUGAAAAUGUCUGUUGAA